AGAGAGAAGCGGUCGGACACUUUUUCUCUAAUGUGAUCGACAAGAUGGAGUAAGUCCUCACCCUCCCCCAGGGUUGGAUCCGUGGGGCACCGGGGGCCCCUCGCUGGACGUAGAAUCCACACUGGACUGGCCGCCUGAACCCCAGCUCGCCCGCCCGUGGGGAUCUGGGCCUCUGGAGAGCUUGGCGGGACGCCCACACCUCGUAGGAUGCUGAGGCAAGGACGCGCCCUUUCCCCCCGGCCCCCUGCCCCGGGCCGCCUCGCUCUGGAACCACCUGCCCGCUCCGGUCCUGAAGGACGAUGACAUGUCUCUGGCGGUCCGGAAGAGGAGCUGGGAGGAGCAUGUGACCCAGGGCAUGGGCCCGCCGUUCAAUCCGGACGACUACGCGGCAAGCUGCCACCAUGGGCUCGUAGCCGACCGGGCGCUGGUUGCCAUGGACAGGGACGGGGCCCCGCGGGUGGACUGCAGGGAGAGGUGCUCCUCCCUGCCGGACAGGCCCCGCCGGGGCCCCAAGGGUGUGGAAAGACACCAGGACCUCGGCGGCCGGGACCAGGCCGGAGGCCUGGAGGCCAGCACGGAGACGCUGGUCCACGUGUCCGACGGGGAGGACGGGUCGGAGCCUGGACUGGACGUCGGGGUGUCCUCGGUGGAGGAAGUGGGCGCAGCGCUGGAAGUGAAUGGGGCGGCUCUACCCGGGAACCCCGAGGCCCCGAGGACUCGGCCUGACAUGAAGACUGGAUGCCGGGCUGUAGAGGCCCCCAGGGCCAGCCUCGGGGGGCUCCCUCCGGCCCCCACCGACACCGGGACGUCACCCGGGAACGGACUGGAUGAGAGCGGCUUCCUAGACGGGCAAGCAGCCCCUCCGGAAGGGCUCGUGGCUGAGGUUGGCGAGGGAGAGGGCAGACUCGGCUUGGAACCGGCCCAUGUUCCCGUGAGGCUGCGCAAGAGGAAGGAAUCAGGCAGGGAAGACCACCACCGUUCUCGCCUGGACUCCAUGGUCCUGCUCAUCAUGAAACUGGACCAACUGGACCAGGACAUCGAGAGUGCCCUCAGUGCCAGCUCCUCCUCGCCACCCGGCUCCUCGCCCCCUGGCACCUCACCAUUGAGCACACCCACGUGCCCACGACGCCACACCCCGGCCGCACCAGUGGUUUCAGAGAAGGAGAAGUCUGAAAUCGAGGCCAAGGAGGCUUGUGAUUGGCUGCGGGCGACGGGCUUCCCUCAGUAUGCCCAGCUGUACGAAGAUCUCCUGUUUCCGGUCGACAUCGCGUUGGUCAAGAGGGAGCACGACUUCCUGGAUCGGGAUGCCAUCGAGGCCUUGUGCAGGCGCCUGAACACGUUGAACAAAUGUGCAGUGAUGAAACUGGAAAUUAGCAGGCACAGGAAGAGGAGUGAGGACUCGGAUGAGGACGAGCCCUGCGCCAUCAGCGGCAGGUGGACGUUCCAGCGGGACAGCAAGCGGUGGUCUCGGCUGGACGAGUUGGACGCCUUUGCCGCCGCGGGGACCCCGCCGGGACCCCCGGGUGACCCCAAGAACACGGCGGGCGGGCCGGGCGAGCAGCAAGGAGGCCCGGCCCCGGGGCCCGACCGCCCCUCGCCCCGCGGGUCCGGCGCCAAGGCCGGCGAGAAGAGCGCCAAGUCGAAGACGCGGGGCUUCCUCAAGCGGAUGGAGAGCCUGAAGGCUCGGGGCGGACCCGCGGCCAAGGCCAAGGUCCCGCCCGGGCCCGGGCUGCUCAUCAGUGGCCCAGUCCUGUGCGAGGGCGCCGAGCGGCUGCAGCGGUUGCGGUGCGUGGAGAUCGCGGCCCUGCCCGGGAGUCGCGAGAGGAGCGUGUCCGGCGGGGGGUGCCCAUCGGAGGCGGUCAGCGAGGCCGGCACGCCCAGCCCACUCGCUCGGACACGCAGCCUGAGCGCCUGCAGCAAGCGGGCCGGCAUGUACCUGGAGGGCUUCGACCCCUUCAACCAGUCCACCUUCCCCGGCAUCCUGCGCCAGAACUCGGGCGAUCCACACCGGGACCCCGCCGACCCCGUCUUCUACGUCCCCGAGGACCACAAGCCGGGCACCUUCCCCAAGGCGCUGAGCAACGGCCGGCCGGAGGCCACGGGGCCCGGCCCGGGGGACGGCAGGCCGCGGAGGCACGGCUCGGCCGGCUCGACGGGCAGCCGCCUGAGCGUCUACGACAACGUCCCCGGCCUGGCAGGGGACCUAGGGGCAGGCGACCCGGGGGCGGACGAGGUCUUCCCUGAGCUGGAUGACGUCCUCUCGCACGUGCGGGGCCUGCAGAGGGCCGUGAACCAGUGGUCGGAGAAGCUGUCGGACGAGGGCGACUCAGACUCGGCCCUGGACUCAGUCUCCCCGUGCCCAUCCUCGCCCCAGCAGACCCGCCCGGACCGGGACGGCAGGCGGACGCCCAGCGACCUGGACAGCACGGGCACCUCGCUGCUGGAGCCCGAGGAGCCGGCUGACCCCCGGGAGCGGAGGGACUCCGGGGUCGGGGCCUCGCUGACCCGCUGCGACAGACACCGGCUGCGCUGGUCCAGCUUCCACAGUUCCCACCGGCCCAGCCCGGGCUCCGCGGGCCUGCAGAUUGGCUGCCAGUCUGUCGCCCAGAUGAACCUGCUCCAGAAGUACUCGCUGCUGAAGCUGACGGCCCUGCUGGAGAAGUACACGCCCUCCAACAAGCACGGCUUCAGCUGGGCCGUGCCCAAGUUCAUGAAGAGGAUGAAAGUCCCAGACUACAAGGAGCGCAGUGUGUUUGGAGUCCCCCUGCCAGUGAACGUGCAGCGGACUGGGCAGCCCCUGCCCCAGAGCAUCCAGCAGGCCAUGCGCUACCUCCGCAGCCAAUGUCUGGACCAGGUGGGCCUGUUCCGCAAAUCGGGCGUCAAGUCGAGGAUCCAGGCCCUGCGGCAGAUGAACGACGGCCCCGCGGGCGGCGUGAGCUACGAGGGCCAGUCGGCCUACGACGUGGCGGACAUGCUCAAGCAGUAUUUCCGGGACCUCCCCGAGCCGCUCAUGACCAACAAGUUGUCUGAGACCUUCUUGCAGAUCUACCAAUAUGUGCCCAAGGACCAGCGCCUGCCGGCCAUCCAGGCGGCCAUCAUGCUGCUGCCCGACGAGAACAGGGAGGCGCUGCAGACGCUGCUCUACUUCCUGAGCGACGUCACCGCCGCCGUCAAGGAGAACCAGAUGACGCCCACCAACCUGGCCGUCUGCCUGGCCCCCUCCCUCUUCCACCUUAACACUCUCAAGCGGGAGAACUCUUCUCCGAGGGUCAUGCAGAGGAAGCAGAGCUUGGGCAAACCGGACCAGAAGGAUCUGAACGAGAACUUGGCCGCCACGCAGGGGCUGGCCCACAUGAUCGCCGAGUGCAAGAAGCUGUUCCAGGUCCCCGAGGAGAUGAGCCGCUGCCGGAAUUCAUACACGGAGCAGGAGCUGGGCCCCCUGAGCCUGGAGGCGCUGGGCCGGCUGAGCCGCGAGGAGGACGGAGACUACCGCCACUUCCUCCAGGACUGCGUGGACAGCCUCUUCAAGGAGGUCAAGGACAAGUUCCGCGGCUGGGUCAGCUGCUCCACCGCCGAGCCUGCCGAGCUCUCCUACAAGAAGGUAAGCGAGGGUCCCCCUCUGCGUCUAUGGCGGUCAUCCGUGGAGGUCCCGGCCGGGCCCGAGGCCGUGCUGAACCGGCUGCUGAAGGAGCAGCGUCUCUGGGAUGUGGACCUCCUGGACGCCAGGGUCAUCGAGACGCUGGACAGCCACACGGACAUCUAUCAGUUUGUGCAGAGCAGCAUGGCCCCGCACCCCGCCCGUGACUUUGUCGUCCUCAGAACCUGGAGGACCAACCUCCCCAAAGGAGCCUGCGCGCUGCUGCUCACCUCCGUGGACCACGGCCGGGCGCCCGAGGCCGGGGUCCGGGUCAACGUGCUCAUGUCCAGGUACCUGAUCGAACCCUGCGGCUCGGGGAAGUCCAAACUCACGUACAUGUGCCGGACCGACCUGAGGGGCCACAUGCCAGAGUGGUACACGAAAGCUUUCGGACACUUGUGCGCCGCCGAAGUGGUGAAGAUCCGAGACUCGUUCGGCCCCCGGCACCUCGAGGCCAAGGACGCCAAAGCCAGGUGACCCCGGGCCUUCUGCCGGCCGGAGACCGUGCCGGCCCUUCCCUUCGCCGAGGGCGAGCGGGCGCCGGUGGGAGGAUUGCUUCUGAGAAGCGCAACUUGAAACUGAGCCGGGAUGUGGAAGAUCUAGCGGCGUGUAUGUGUGUGUUUGUGUGUGUGUGCGGGCCAGCCUGUCGGCAGGCACCCUGGGUUCAACCCCGGCGAGAAAUCCGUCGGGUCCAUCAGGGGUGGGAGGGGCGUGCGUCUCUUCCAGUGCCAUCUGCGGAAGGUUGGCACAGAGAUGGGGGGAGGGUGGGAUGGGGGUCGCCUCCUGCUUCAUGCCCUUCCCCUCGCUGUGAACCCACCCCACCCAUCUUGGGAAACUAGCCCUAGGGCUGCAUGUUCGGUGAAGGUGAUGUUUGUCACCCCACCGAAGUAGCGGACCCUGGGACGACGGGGCGGUUUAUGUUACAGGUUUUACUGUAACGGGGGUCCGGUGGGGAGGGGGCGGCCGGCGGGCACGGAGCGGCGGGUGGAAAGUGGGUCCGUGAUGUGGGUAGCGCGGUUACCGUUGUCAGUGUUAUUAUCGCCACGGCUUCACGGCCGAAGGGCCGGCCACGGGUUGCAGGCGGCGAGAGGCGGCCCAUCCGUCUUCGUCCCCGGGGUUCCUCGUGGACGUAGAGCCGCCUUGUGCAAAUUCAGAGCUGUGAGGGGGCGGAAAGAAACCCGGCCUUUCAUUGUGUGAGCGUAUAUUUUGUACAGUUCAGUCUAUUGAGCCCCCCCGGGCUGACUGGUGCAGGCAUACCUAGGUAAAGCAUGAGAAUGAUAUUAUUUAAAAUAUCCUUGUAUUUAUACCUCAGAUAUUCUUUUGGAUUUUUGUACCUCAAAGCUUUUGGUUUUUGUUUUUUUUUUCUAUUGUAAAUAAGCUUUUCAUGGGGAGAGAAAGAGGUUUCGUAGCUUUACUCCCAUGUGUCUGUACAGAGUAAAUAUACUAAUCGAUCACUACACCGUGCACUAUUAAAUGUGGAAAAUGGA